UGCAGAGCUCGUAUGCUUAAAUGCAGGUGUCUCCCAACAUCUAUCUUUUUCACCAAGCUACUCAUUCACUCACUGCACCUUCUCAAGCUCAACUCAUCAAUAAUCAAAUCAGUCACCAUGAAGUUCGCCAUCUUCACCACUCUUACUGCUCUCCUCGGCAGCGCUGCUGCUGCCAACCAGGCCAUUGUCAUCAACGACUGCUCUACCGACAUCUAUGUCCAGUCUUACCCCUACAACGGCGGUGCUCCCGGCCCCUUGACCACUGUCAAGCCCGGAAAGCGAUUCUCUGAGAACCUUCGCUCUACUGGCUCUACUGUCAAGAUUGCCAAGACCCGAACCCUGACCAACCCCCUCUUCUUCGGUUACUCCUCUACCUCCAAGCCCGACUAUGUCUACUAUGAGUUCAGCACUGAGUGGGGAAACCCCUUCGCUAAGGAGCGCAACAUCCUCAGCCCCGGUGCUGGCUGUGAGAAGUUUGAUUGUGCUCCCAAUGCUGCCAGCUGCUACAGCACUCCCAGCAUGAAGAAGGUCUACGGCUGCCCCAGCCCUGUUAAUGUCUACGCCCGCGUCUGCGCCAAGUAA